CAGGAUCAGCAGCCAUGUAUGAGGCACAACAAGAGAGUCUGGAGAGCCCUGCCACUGACCCAGACAUCAAACUGUGACUGGACCACAAAUGUUGACCCUUGCAUAAGAGACUGGGACACAAGAACCAAAAGAGAAAACAGGUCCAAAAAGCAGACAAGAAAGGACCAGGGGACCUUACAAAGUGUGUUGAGAGAGACUGAACCACAGAACUUAUGGAAACCAUGGAAGUAUGACUCUUACAAUUUCUCUGUCAGUGAUGAAUGUUUCAAGUCCCUCUGUGCCUGCACAUCUGAAUCCCUGCCAUGGGCCACAUGUGGUGAAUUCUGAUGUCCUGGAAUCAACACAAGGCUGAAAAAUGGUCAUUCUGCAGCAGGGGGACCAUGUGUGGUUGGACCUUAAAACAGGCCGAGAGUUUGAUGUUCCUGUGGGAGCUGUGGUUAAACUGUGUGACUCUGGACAGAUCCAGGUUGUGGAUGAUGAAGGCCGGGAGCACUGGAUUUCUCCUCAGAACGCCACCAACAUUAAGCCCAUGCACCCAACCUCCAUCCACGGAGUGGAAGACAUGAUCCGCCUUGGUGACCUGAAUGAAGCCGGCAUCCUCCGCAACCUGCUCAUCCGCUACAAUGAAUGUGUCAUCUAUACAUAUACAGGCUCAAUCCUGGUAGCUGUCAAUCCUUACCAGCUGCUGCCCAUCUACACUCCAGAUCAGAUCCGCCUCUACACCAACAAGAAGAUCGGCGAGAUGCCGCCACACAUAUUUGCAAUAGCUGACAACUGCUACUUCAACAUGCAGCGGAACAACAAGGACCAGUGCUGCAUCAUCAGUGGUGAAUCUGGAGCUGGGAAGACAGAGAGUACAAAACUGAUUCUGCAGUUCCUCGCAGCCAUAAGUGGUCAGCACUCCUGGAUAGAGCAGCAAGUCCUGGAGGCCACGCCCAUCCUCGAAGCUUUUGGUAACGCCAAGACAAUUCGUAACGAUAACUCUAGUCGUUUUGGGAAGUAUAUAGAUAUCCACUUCAACAAGCGAGGGGCCAUUGAAGGAGCCAAGAUAGAGCAGUACCUCCUGGAGAAGUCUCGGGUGUGUCGACAGGCUCCAGAUGAGAGGAAUUAUCAUGUUUUCUACUGUAUGUUGAGGGGUAUGGCUCCAGAGCUGAAAGCUAAGCUGGGUCUGGGCCUCACAACAGACUACUCCUACCUCACCAUGGGUAACUGUACAGAGUGUGACAGUCGUGAUGACCUGAGUGAUUACUCCAGCAUCCUGUCGGCCAUGAAGGUCCUCAUGUUCACUGAGACAGAGAGCUGGGAGAUUUCCAAGCUGUUGGCUGCCAUCCUACACAUGGGCAACCUAAGAUUUGAGGCUCGAACAUAUGACAACCUGGACGCCUGUGUGGUUGUGAGAUCUCCUGACCUGGUUACUGCUGCUUCACUCAUGGAGGUGGAGCCUAAGGAUGUGAUGGUGUGUUUGACAACAAGAACCCUGAUCACACGUGGUGAAAGUGUUGCUACACCUCUCAAUGUGGAACAAGGCCUGGAUGUCAGGGAUGCUUUUGUCAAGGGGAUCUAUGGCAGGCUGUUUGUCUGGAUUGUGGAUAAAAUCAAUGCUGCCAUAUACAGGGCACCGUCCUGUGAGAGUAACAUCAUACGCAAGUCGAUCGGGUUGCUGGACAUCUUUGGGUUUGAGAACUUCGUCGUCAAUAGCUUCGAACAGUUAUGUAUCAACUUUGCCAAUGAGAACCUGCAGCAGUUCUUUGUUCGCCAUGUCUUCAAACUGGAACAGGAAGAGUACAACCUGGAAGACAUCAACUGGCAGCACAUCGAGUUCACAGACAACCAGGAUGCACUGGACAUGAUAGCCAACAAACCCAUGAACAUCAUCUCCCUCAUUGAUGAAGAGAGCAAGUUCCCUAAGGGAACUGAUGCUACAAUGCUGUAUAAGCUCAACUCUCAGCACAAGCUCAACUCCAACUACAUCCCUCCUAAAAACAGCUAUGAAUCCCAGUUUGGUAUCCAACAUUUCGCUGGUGUGGUGCAUUACGAGAUCAGAGGGUUCUUGGAGAAAAACCGAGACAGCCUCCACACUGACACCAUCCAGCUCGUUCACUCGUCCAAGAACAAGUUCAUCAAACAGAUCUUCCAGGCUGAUGUGGCCAUGAGUGUCGAGACAAGGAAGCGCUCUCCCACUCUGAGCAGCCAGUUCAAACGCUCCCUCGAGAUGCUGAUGAGGACUCUCAGUGUGUGUCAGCCAUUCUUUGUUCGCUGUAUAAAACCAAACGAGCUCAAAAAACCUAUGUUGUUUGACAGAGAGCUGUGUAUUCGUCAGCUGCGUUAUUCCGGCAUGAUGGAGACGAUCCGGAUCCGGCGAGCCGGUUAUCCCAUCAGAUACACGUUUGCUGAGUUUGUGGAUCGUUACCGAGUCCUCAUACCUGGCGUCAAACCUGCCCACAUACAGGAGGACCUGCGAGGGACCUGCCAGCAGAUAGUCCAGGGCCGGCUGGGGAAACAUGACGACUGGCAGAUCGGGAAGACCAAGAUUUUCCUCAAGGACCACCACGACAUGCAGCUGGAGAUUGAGAGAGACAAGGCCAUUACUGACAAGGUCAUCCUCAUCCAGAAGGCUGUGCGGGGACAUAAAGAGAGGGUUCACUUCCUUAAACUGAGGAGUGCUGUGACUUUAAUCCAGAAGGUUUGGAGAGGUUAUCAAUGCAGGAAGAAUUACAAUAUUAUGCAGUCUGGCUUCUUGCGUCUCCAAGCAGUCUACAGGGCAAGAAGGUACUACAGAAGCUACCGGAUGACUCGCCGUUGUGUUAUCUUCAUCCAAGCCCAUUGCCGCGGCUUCCUCAUACGGCAGACAUUUUGCCAACAUCUCCGUGCCGUGUUGACCAUCCAGGCCUACACCAGGGGCAUGAUAGCAAGACGCCUCUGUCAGAGGCUCAGGGCAGAGCUGCAGCAUCGCCUAGAAGCUGAGCGCCAGCGCCUGGCCGAGGAGGAACAGCUGCGAAACCAGAUGUCGGCUUGGCAGGCCAAGGCAGAGGCCGAGCAGAAACACCAGGAGCGGCUUAUACAGCUGGCCCAGCAGCAGGAAGAGAGGGAGAGGAAGAAGAAGGAGGAAGCUAGAAAGAAGAAGGAGAUGCUGGAGCAGAUGGAGAGGGAGAAGAAGCAGCCCAUGGACCACUCAGACAUAGUCGACCACAUGUUUGGUUUCCUAGGGAACUCUGGGCCGUUACCCAACAAGGACGGUCGAGCACCAGCUGGGUUUGAAGACUUGGAGAACACUCUUUGUGGUGCAGAAGCCGAAGAAGAGGUGUUGAAUGAAGCUCGGCCGUUACCUGACGAGGAAGAAGAGGAUUUGUCCGAGUACAAGUUCUCCAAGUUUGCAGCCACCUAUUUUCAGGGUGUUUCCACACACACCUUCAUCAGACGACCACUGAAACAACCUCUGCUUUUUCAUGAGGAUGAGGGAGAUCAGCUGGCUGCAUUAGCUGUGUGGAUCACAGUGCUAAGGUUCAUGGGAGACUUCCCUGAGCCCAAAUGCCAGCUGGUCAUUAAUGAUGGCAGCGAAAAGGUUCCUGUUAUGACCAAGAUUUAUGAAACGCUUGGCAAAAGGACCUACAAGAAGGAGAUGCAGGAGCUGCAGGUGGAAGGAGAGAACAGCUCUGUAGACAGCCAAAAGAGGAACAGCGUCAGGCAUAAACUUGUGUCUCUCACCUUGAAGAGGAAAUCCAAGAUCACUGAGGAGGUGACCAAGCGGCUGACAGAAGGAGACGUGAGCCUCCAGGGGAACAGCAUGCUGGAGGACCGGCCCACCUCCAACCUAGAGAAACUUCACUUCAUCAUUGGCAAUGGCAUCUUGCGGCCUGCCCUAAGGGACGAGAUCUAUUGCCAGAUCUGCAAGCAGCUCACUCAGAAUCCAUUCAAGAGCAGCCAUGCCCGAGGAUGGAUCCUGUUGUCUCUCUGCGUGGGCUGCUUCGCCCCGUCCGAAAAGUUUGUUAAGUAUUUACGGACAUUUCUGAACAAUGGUCCACCUGGUUAUGCUCCAUAUUGUGAGGAAAGGUUGAGGAGGACAUUUGUCAAUCGCACACGAACUCAGCCGCCAUCUUGGUUGGAACUUCAGGCCACUAAAUCUAAGAAGCCCAUCAUGCUACCAGUGACAUUUAUGGAUGGCACCACCAAGACCCUCCUGGCUGAUUCAGCUACCACUGCCAGUGAGCUGUGCAAUGCUCUGGCUGACAAGAUCAACCUGAGAGAUCGUUUUGGCUUCUCACUGUACAUCGCCCUGUUUGACAAGGUGUCAUCUUUGGGCAGCGGCAGCGACCACAUCAUGGACGCCGUCUCCCAGUGUGAGCAGUAUGCGAAGGAGCAGGGUGCCCAGGAGAGGAAUGCCCCCUGGAGACUGUUUUUUAGGAAAGAGAUCUUCACCCCAUGGCACAACCCUGCUGAGGACUGUGUCUCCACAAACCUCAUUUACCAGCAGAUUGUCCGAGGGGUGAAGUUCGGAGAGUAUCGCUGUGAGAGGGAAGAGGACCUAGCAGAACUGGCCUCUCAGCAGUACUAUGUGGAUUAUGGCUCUGAGAUGCUCCAGGAUCGCCUGCUCAGCCUCAUCCCCUCCUACAUCCCCGACAGGGAAAUCACCUCUAAUAAGAAUGCAGAGAAGUGGGCUCAGCUCAUCAUUAGUGUGCACAAAAAAGAAUUACACACAAAGAGGAGGCUGAACGCAGAGAAAGUGAAGGAGGAUGUGGUGGAUUUUGCUCGUUUAAAGUGGCCUUUACUCUUCUCACGCUUCUAUGAGGCCUUCAAAUUCUCAGGACCCAGUCUGCCCAAGAACGACGUGAUUGUGGCAGUGAACUGGACUGGUGUCUACUUUGUGGACGAACAGGAGCAGGUCCUUCUGGAGCUCUCCUUCCCCGAGAUCACUGCUGUGUCCAGUAGCAGAGGAGGUAAACACCAGGGUCAGAGCUUUACCUUAGCCACCAUCAAGGGAGACGAGUACACGUUCACCUCCAACAAUGCAGAGGACAUCCGUGAUCUGGUGGUCGCCUUCCUCGAGGGUCUGAGGAAGAGGUCCAAGUAUGUGGUGGGGCUGCUGGACUGUCCUGGCCCUGUGGGGGUAGAUUCCACAUUUCUGCGUUUCUCAAAAGGGGAUCUGAUCAUCCUGGAUGAACACAACGGAGAGCAUGUGAUGAACUCCGGCUGGGCCCAUGGCAUCAACGACAGGACCGGACAGAGAGGAGAUUUCCCUGCUGAUUCCGUCUAUGUGCUGCCCACCAUCACCAGACCACAGUAUGACCUAGUGGCUCUGGUGACGGUGACUCCUGAUCAGAGACGAGAAUCCAUCAGUUUGUCUCAGAUGAACCCUCCUGACAAUGAGGACAAAGCAAAGGCCUACACACUGGAGGAGUUCUCCUAUGACUAUUUCAGGCCUCCUCCAAGGAGCACUCUGAGCAGGGUGAUGAUCUCAAAAGCCCGAGGGAAGGAGCAUCUGUGGAGCUGCACUAGGGAGCCUCUCAAACAGCCUUUGCUGAAGAAGGUCCUGGCAUAUGAGAAGCUCUCCCAGGAGGCCUGCUUGGCCUUCGUAGCUGUGAUGAAGUAUAUGGGUGACUACCCCUCUAAACGUAUGCACUCUGUCAGCGAACUCACCGAUCACAUCUUUGAAGGAGCUCUGAAGGUCGAACCGCUCAAAGAUGAGAUCUUCUGUCAAAUUCUCAAGCAGCUAACCAAUAAUCACAUCAAGUACAGUGAGGAGAAGGGUUGGGAGUUGCUGUGGCUCUGCACUGGUUUGUUUCCUCCCAGUAACAUCCUGCUGCCUCAUGUCCAGAAGUUCCUCCAGGCAAGGAAACACUAUUCACUGGCUCCAGACUGCAUGCAGCGGCUGCAGAAAGCCUUGCGAAAUGGAUCGAGAAAGUACCCUCCUCAUUUGGUGGAGGUGGAGGCUAUCCAGCACAAAACCACUCAGAUCUUCCAUAAAGUUUACUUUCCAGAUGACUCGGACGAGGUGUUUGAAGUGGAGUCGAGCACCAAAGCCAAGGACUUCUGCCACAACAUCUCUGGACGUCUUAUGCUCAAAUCAUCUGAGGGCUUUAGUCUUUUUGUCAAGAUCACUGACAAGGUUAUCAGUGUCCCUGAUGGUGACUUCUUCUUUGACUUUGUGCGGCACCUGACCGACUGGAUCAAAAAGGCCAGACAUGUAAAAGACGGUGGAGUGCCAUCACUGACCUAUCAGGUGUUUUUCAUGAAGAAGCUCUGGACUAAUACUGUGCCAGGAAAAGAUUCCAUGGCUGACUCCAUCUUCCACUACUACCAGGAGCUGCCUAAGUACCUACGAGGCUAUCACAAGUGUUCGAGGGAGGAGGUGCACCAGUUGGCAGCGCUGAUCUACAGGGUGAGGUUUGGGGAGGAUAAAUCCCACUUUCACAGCUUUUCCAAGAUCCUGAAGGAGCUCAUCCCUCAGGACCAGGACCGACACCUGGCCCCUGAAGACUGGAAGAGGUGCAUCAUGUCAUCAUUCGACAAGCACUCAGGGAAAACUCAGGAAGAAGCUAAACUCUCCUUUCUCAAAAUCAUUUACAAGUGGGCCACAUUCGGUUCUGCCUUCUUUGAAGUAAAGCAAACAACUGAUCCAAACUUUCCAGAAACCCUCCUGAUUGCAGUCAACAAACAUGGAGUCAGCUUGAUUGAUCCCAAGUCCAAGGACAUCCUCACCACUCACCCCUUCACUAAAAUCUCCAACUGGAGCAGCGGAAACACAUACUUCCACAUCACCAUUGGAAACCUGGUCCGAGGCAGCAAACUCCUGUGUGAGACUUUGCUGGGCUACAAAAUGGAUGACCUCCUGACCUCUUACAUCAGCCAGAUGCUGACGACAAUGACCAAACAGCGAACCUCCUGGUGCAGCAGCAAAGCCUCCAGUCCUACUGGGAGUGCUGGUGUUAGGGCCCUUCAUGUACACCAGAGGCCCUCAGCUGCAGCACUGGAUGGACAUGAUCAACACCCCACAGGAGCCAGUGAAGCUGUGGCACGGAUUGAGCAGAGACAUUUAAGCAACCAAACAUGAACAGAUCCACAGACACACAUGUGCAUGUACAUACACACAGAUUCUGAAAUAAUAGAAUAAAGGCACUAAUAAAUGUGUUCAUCGUUUGUAAAACGCCUUGAGGCGACUUCCAUCUGCUAAUAAAAGCGAUUCUAUAUGAAAGGUGUGUUUG